UUGAAAGCUUCAAUCAUGCAGUUUCUAUGAUAAAGCUAUUAUCUAUUUUCUCAUAAAACUUCAUCAACAAUGAUUACAUUAGAAGUUACUUCUUUCAAAGUAAAAGAAAAUACUCAUAAAACGAUUAAUCAAGAUGGACGUGACAUUACACCAAAACCUCUUGUUCAUCAUAAUUAUUCGAUUCUUUAUGAUAAAAAUAUGAUGUAUUUGGAUUCAAUCAUUUCGAGGCAGAAAAUUAACACUACAAAUCAUAUUAAAUUCUCAUCAAAAAAUGACAGAUCAAUUUUAUCGCUUAUAAACUCAACGUCAUUAUCUACAGGUAUUUUAGAUACUGAUGAUAUAGAAAAUUCCAUAUUUUGGUCAAAUCCAAACUCCAGAGUAGACAGUACUGAUCAAUUUCUGUUGUGUCUUCAUCGACCAGAAAGUUGCAGUCAUAAAAUUGAAAACGAAAGUUCUAAAUGCUCUUACUUGACAAAAAAAAAAAUAAUAUUGACGGAAUCAGAAACAACUUUCAUCUUCAAGUUAUUACAAUUAACAGAAGAUUGUAACACUUCUGACGACGCCGUAGUUAAAGAAGCAAAAAAACAGUCUCAAAAUCCUGAAACAAAAUUAGAAUUUAUUAGACCAGUUAUCGAUACUGCAACUCAAACAUUUGAAAUUCUCACUAAAUCGAGAUUUUCACAUUUGGCAAGUUUGAAAAUGAUCAAUCGUAAAAAUUUAACCAACAAUUGGAUAAUGCACGAUGCAUAUAAUACAACUAAAUUAGAAAGAAAAACAAACGGGUUACUAUAUGAAAAUAUAUCAAAAGGAAUCCCUCACUCUGAGAAAUUACAGAAUCGAUUGAAGUUUUUAAAAGUAUCAAAUAACUUAAAAAUUGAAGAAGAUCAAAUAACUCGUUUAUACAAAAAUUCAUCAUUUGCUGUAGCAGUGAGAGUGAUGGAACAAAUAAUAUGCAUUAAAUUGCAUUUAAGAGAUCAGAAAUAUUUUAAAGGAUUUAUCACAUCAAACCCAUAUGUUUCAAAGGUUACAUACAGUCUAAAGUAUCUUUGGAGUUACAUGCAUAUCAGUACUGUGGGUACAUCAAUAAACUGCAUUCGUUGGAAUCCCACCAAUUCUAAUCUCUUAGCAGUUAGUUACGGUCGACAAUUCUAUAAAUUAAGCGGUUAUCUCCUUAUUUGGAAUAUGAAACACCCUACUCAACCUGAACGAUUUUAUAAACUAGAUUUUGCAGUUUCGGAGAUUAACUGGAGUCAUAAGACACCAAAUCAAUUAGCUAUUGGGUGUUAUAAUGGAUCUCUUAGAAUUAUUGACAUAAGUAAAAGAAACUUGAUUACAUUAUAUAUCAUUCCUCAAAAAUGUUCAUUUACAUUUUCACGUAUCUGGCAAGUUCAAUGGUGGCUUGAUAAUGGUGACGAAUAUAUUUAUGCAAGCAGUGGAAACGGGAAGAUUUUUCGAUGUCAAGUUAACGAUGAUGCGGCUGUUACAGAAGUAAUGAGAAUAUCAAGAAUCGAUGAUUGUAAACUCGAUAUAAAACAGAAAAAUAAUUAUACUUCAAGAUUACUCAGUACGCCAGUGAGAAAUGAACCUGAAGCUAUUUUGUUACAACGACAUCCUAUUUUUAAUAAUAUAUACUUAGUUGGUUCCGACGAGGGAUAUAUUUAUAGGUGUUCAACAGUAUAUUCGAAUUGUUGUAUCAAUAGUUUUCUCGCUCAUGACGGCCCAAUUUGUAGUUUAGAAUACUCUCCAUUUCAUCCAAGAAUUUUUUUAACCACUGGAGCUGACUGGUGCAUUCGAAUUUGGGCUGAUGAUAUCAUGACACCCUUAAUAACAUUAUCAACUCAAAUGUCUCAUGUGAUCGCAGCUGCAUGGAGUCCUAAAAAUUCAACCAUAAUUGCUACUUGUGUCAAAAAUGAAAUAUGUAUUUGGGAUCUAAAACAAAGUAUACAAAAACCAAAAUCAAUAACAGCAUUAAAAAAUUUUCAAAAAUUAAUUUCAUUAAGUUUUACACCGGAUGGUAACCAAAUAGUGAUAGCUGAUAAUAGAGGAUUUAUUCAUGUGUAUAAUUGUGAAGGAAUACCUUUCAAACCAUUAAAUCAGACUGAAAUGUUAGUAGAAUCGAUAAAGAAAAAACUAAUGACCAAGCAAAAUUUACUGCAACAAUUCCAAAAACUUGAUAAAUUAUUUUGA